CAACUUCCUGUGUGUUUCCUGGACUUACAUUCAACUGUCUAUGGAUAACUGUAGCUACAGUACAAGUUAUUACUAAGGAAUACAAGACACCAUGCAGAAUAAAGGGACCGAGUGUCAUGGUCAUAUCGCUGACUCAAGACAAUGUAUUUUUUGCAGAUAAAUGACAUUUUGAAUGUUUUAUAGUCUGAGCAUUUGGGAGUUUGCAGGCUACUUACCUGCUGUAAAAUUGCUAUCAGCUCUGUUUUUGUUAACUUACAAUGCCGCUCGCUCCUGCAAACCAGUCCCAGUUGAUUCGGUCGAGUCAGAAGGACGAAUAUUAUCAAACCUUCCUGAGAAACAACGCCAACGAAGCUUUUCAAACACUUGCUGGAUCCAAAAGAUGGCUGGACUGGAGGAGAGAGAUAGAGCUGCUGUCAGACCUGGCAUACUAUGGUUUAACAACAUUCGCAGGUUACCAAACCCUGGGCGAGGAGUACGUCAACAUCAUCCAGGUGGAUCCCACGGAAAGUCGAAUCCCCUCUCGGACCAGACGAGGCCUCUUUGUCCUGUGCCACUCCUUCUUUCCCUACCUCCUGGACAAGGUCCUGGUGAGCCUGGAGAACGAGCUGGGAUGUGAGCAGGAGGGCGGCGGGGGCGCCAGGCAGCGGCAGGCGGCGUCCUCGCCGUGGAGCCUGGAGUCCUGGCUGAGGGGACGGAUGCGGCGGGUCGCGGGGCUGCUAUCGGAGCCCCAGAUGAGAGCGUGCCUGCCGGCAGUGUUUGUCCUACGUCAGGGUCUGACGCUCCUGCACCGCCUCCACGUGGCUCUGUUCUACAUCAGCGGCUCUUUCUAUCACCUGUCCAAGAGGGCGGCUGGUAUCAGCUAUCUCCGUGUGACGGGGCUCAGCGGCGAGGACGGGGCCAUCCGGACCAGCUACCGGCUCCUGGGGGCCGUGUCCCUCCUCCAGCUCGUCCUCACCGUGGCUCUGCAGCUCAACACCUUCAGGCAGAAGCAGCGCGCCCGGCAGGAGUGGAAGGUCCACCGAAGCCUCAGUCCUCAGCGCACACGGAGUCCGGGCCCCAGGACCCCCAGCUGUAUGCUCUGCCUGGAGGAGAGGAGACACCCCACCUGCACCCCCUGUGGACACCUCUUCUGCUGGGAGUGCAUCACCGAGUGGUGCAACACCAAGGUCAGGCUUACGCUGCGAUAUCACACGCAGCCUCCAUCUCUAAAACUGGACCACUUGAUCAGCUGCUCGGGAAUAAAAAAACUAAAAACCUAA